AUGAGCUUUGAUGGUGCAUCAAAUGCAUUGGGGCAUGGGAUAGGAGCAGUCUUAGUGUCACCUGAAGGGGACCAUUACCCGCUUACUGCCAGAUUGAAUUUCUUCUGUACAAAUAAUAUAGCGGAAUAUGAGGCUUGCAUCAUGGGACUUCGUGUAGCUAUCAAGAGGAAAAUCAAAAUUUUAGAGGUACACGGGGACUCAGCAUUAGUCAUUUAUCAAAUUCGUGGAGAUUGGGAAGUGAGGGAUUCGAAAUUAGUCAAAUAUCGCGAUCUCGUUGCAGAAUUGGUCAAAGAAUUUAAAGAAGUGACUUUUAACUACUUUCCACGAAAAGAGAACCAAUUGGCCGAAGCUCUGGCCACCCUGGCUUCAAUGUUCAAAGCAAACAGAGAAACUAAAAUAAUGCCUAUCCAAAUGAGCAUAUAUGAGACCCACGCACACUGUUUUAACAUUGAGGAGGAGUCAGAUGGACGACCAUGGUUCCAUGAUAUCCUAAAGUACAUCAAGAAUCAAAGGUACCCUGAGCAAGCAAACGAGAAUGACAAAAGAACUCUCAGGAGAAUGGCGAUCGGAUUUGUUCUUGACGGGGAUAUGCUAUACAAAAUAGGAAAAGAUCAAGUGCUCCUAAGAUGCGUGGAUGCUGUUGAAGUUAGAAAGAUACUUAAAGAAGUUCACAAAGGAAUUUGUGGGACGCAUGCCAGCGGUUUCACUAUGGCCAGGCAGAUUAUGAGACUUGGGUCAAUUUCCCCGAAAGCUUCCAAUGGGCAUCGAUUCAUUUUUGUGGUUAUAGACUACUUCACAAAAUGGGUAGAAGCCGCUUCGUUUGCUAAUGUUACAAAGGCUGUAAUAAAGCAUCAUAAUUCUUCACCUUAUCGCCUGAAGAUGAACAGAGCGGUAGAAGCUGCUAAUAAUAAUAUUAAGAGGAUUAUUGGGAAGAUGACUGAGACAUAUAAAGAUUGGCACGAGAAGUUACCAUUCGCUUUGUACGCAUAUCGCACCUUUGUACGGACGUCUACGGGGGCAACUCCUUUUUCUCUGGUCUACGGGAUAGAGGCCGUUCUGCCUAUCGAAGUAGAGAUCCCAUCCUUGCGUGUAUUGAUGGAGACAAAGUUAGAAGAAUCAGAGUGGGUCCGAGCUCGAUAUGAUCAGCUAAACCUUAUUGAAGGGAAACGCUUGAAGGCAAUUUGCCAUGGACAGAUGUACCGAGAAAAAGAAUGA